AAAUGAAGUCAUUUUAUAAAACGUACUACGAAUCAACUUUUAAAAUGUUGAAAUAUUUAGGGAUUUGGUCACAAAACUUUGAAAAAAAAAACAAAAAUAGUUAUCUUACAUAUUGUGUUGCUACAAAUUUCUUUUUUCUUUUUAUGGCUAAUUUCAUACGAUUUAUUUCUAUAUUGAAUCAAACAGAUUUUAAGCAUAUUAUUUCGCGUGCUUAUGCAUUUCCGUUAUCUUGUCUGCCGGUCAUGAAGUCUUUUUUCUUCUUCAAAAAUCGCUCCGAUCUUCAAAAAAUUCAACAACAUUUCAAUAAUUUCCAACCAGAGGACGAUGAUACCAAUUUCAUCAUAAAAACUAUGAAAAUUUAUCGCGUUUUAAAAAAAUCUGCAGAGUGUUUAGCAGUUAUGAUCAUUACAAUCGAUACAACAACAAUGUUUUUUGGCUAUUAUGAUGUUGUGCCAUUGUGGUGUCCUGUUAACUCAUCAUCUCCUUUUAAAGAAAUUGUUUACGUUUAUAAUAUUAUAGCUUUGACAUAUAUAACUACAACUUACAUUUAUAUUCAACUUGUCUGCUCGGCAGUAUUUAUGUUUAUAGGGAUGCAAUGUGAUUUAUAUUGUAAAUGUCUGUCUAGAGUGGAACGUUUAGAUGGAGUUUUACUGAAAAAUUUGGUACAACGUUACGAAAAUAUAAUAAGGAUUUUCGUUUUGUCUGAAAGAGUUUUUAGCGAAAUAUUUUUGGUUGAAAUUAUCUUCGUAACUUUGGGAUUGUGUCUUAGACUUUUCGUAAUUUCUAUGACAGAGAAUUUCUUGGAACUCCCUAUUCAUAUAUCAUCAUUAAUUCUCGCAUGUCUUUUGAUAUUACUCCCUUGCUGGUUUUCAACUACUGUUAAAACAAAGAGCGACAGAAUUUCUACAGCUGUUUAUUCAUUACCUUGGUACAAUUGUCAAUCUUUAAGAGUAAAAAAGGAUCUGGUUCAAUUUAUUCGUAUAACUGAAAGGCCAAUUGAAUUUACUGGGAUGGGACUUGUCACUCUUUCUACUGAUACGUUCAUUAAUAUGAUGCGCACCACUUUUUCAUUCUACACGUUUUUGGAUUUUCUAAAUCAACGAGAAUAAACCUAGGAAAACGUUCACAUACUUAAUUAAAAAUAUUGCACAUUUAAUCUAAUCGCACAAUCACUGAAUUACAAAUAAACAAUCAAAUUAAAAAUAUGUCUUUAAAUAAUAUAUUUCAUUCACAAGAAUAUACAAAUUAACAUUAUUCAAUAAAAUAUUUUAUUUGCAGUUCCUUGGUUGAUUUUUUAUUGUUCACUCGCAUGAAUAGAUAGUUAUGAGUAUAAUCGAAUAAUAGAUAGAGAGAGAGAGAGAGAGAGAGAGAGAAAUGCUUUAUUACCAAAAAAUUGUUGCAAUUUGUAGACAAAAUCUUGUAAAAACUAAGAAACAAACAAAAAAAUAACUAAAUAAAGAUACAAAUAAAAUAAAAUUACAAUAUACAGAAGAAAACACCAAUGGGUAACAAAAUUAUAGGUACAAGUAUAAGUACACUAAUAUUCAGAUAAUUUUUUUUGUUAAUUUGAAAAAAAUUAGGUAAAGAUGUUACACAAUGGAACAAAACACCUCCUAAAAUUUCAAA